ACUGUGGUAGUCUAAUCAUGGCUUGCAAAACGUUGAUGUUAGUCACGGUGUGGCUGUUUGCAUAUCUGGCAAUUUUGCCAUGCAGUAGAACCGAAGCAAAACGUACAGCUACGAGCAACACGCCUACCGUAAUUAGAACUACGACCAACACGCCUCCGCCUACCGUAGAUACAGCUACGAGCAACACGCCUACAAUAGAGACUGCCUGGUGGGACACGCCUACAAUGGAUACAGCUAUGUGGGACACGCCUACAAUGGAUACAGCUACGUGGGACACGCCUACAAUGGAUACAGCUACGUGGGACACGCAUACAAUGGAUACAGCUAUGUGGGACACGCCUACAAUGGAUACAACGACCAACACGCCUACGCCUACCGUAGAUACAGCUACGAGCAACACGCCUACUAGAACUACGACCAACACGCCUACGCCUACCGUAGGUACAGCUACGAGCAACACGGCUACCGUAAUUAGAACUACGCCCAACACGCCUCCGCCUAACGUAGGUACAGCUACGAGCAACACGCCUACCGUAAUUAGAACUACGACCAACACGCCUACGCCUACCGUAGGUACAGCUACGACCAACACGGCUACCGUAAUUAAAACUACGCCCAACACGCCUCCGCCUACCGUAGGUACAGCUACGAGCAACACGCCUACCGUAAUUAGAACUACGACCAACACGCCUCCGCCUACCGUAGGUACAGCUACGAGCAACACGCCUACCGUAAUUAGAACUGCGACCAACACGCCUCCGCCUACCGUAGGUACAGCUACGAGCAACACGCCUACCGUAAUUAGAACUGCGACCAACACGCCUCCGCCUACCGUAGGUACAGCUACGAGCAACACGGCUACCGUAAUUAGAACUACGCCCAACACGCCUCAGCCUACCGUAGGUACAGCUACGAGCAACACGCCUACCGUAAUUAGAACUACGACCAACACGCCUACGCCUACCGUAGGUACAGCUACGAGCAACACGGCUACCGUAAUUAGAACUACGCCCAACACGCCUCCGCCUACCGUAGGUACAGCUACGAGCAACACGCCUACCGUAAUUAGAACUACGACCAACACGCCUCCGCCUACCGUAGGUACAGCUACGAGCAACACGCCUACCGUAAUUAAAACUACGACCAACACGCCUACAACGGAUACAUCCCCUUGAUUCUGUUGACAAGUGAUUAUAUCCUUUCAAAAGAAAUUCCGCCAACGUUUCCUUGCCAAACCCGUGAACUUCAAUGAAGGCAUUGCAAAAUGACGUCAAUAAAACAUUAAUGUAACAAUG